GCCACUAUUUAACGGCACGGCCGCCGCGCAACGACCUGUUGUGAUCCCGUCAUGGCGCGCAACGCCCGUGUUGCUACUUUGGCCGCGUGUCUCUUAUUCGCCUGCGCGGUCGCCGAAGGGCACCGAUGGCGGCGGCAGGCGGACGACUCAGCCAAGAAAGACGACAGCCUGGAACAAGAGCUAUGCAAGGACAAGGACGCUGGCGAGUGGUUCCGGCUGGUAGCCGGCGAGGGCGACAACUGCCGCGACGUCAUACAGUGUACCGCCUCGGGAAUUCAAGCCAUUCGUUGCCCGGCUGGAUUGUAUUUCGACAUCGAGAAGCAAACUUGCGACUGGAAAGACGCUGUUAAAAACUGCAAAUUGAAGAACAAGGAACGUAAAGUGAAACCUCUGCUCUACACUGAAGAGCCUCUGUGCCAAGAUGGCUUUUUGGCUUGUGGAGAUUCCAACUGCAUUGAACGCGGACUAUUCUGUAACGGAGAAAAAGACUGUGCUGAUGGUUCUGAUGAGAACUCAUGCGACAUCGACAAUGACCCCAACAGGGCUCCGCAUUGCGAUCCCUCGCAGUGCGUGCUGCCUGACUGUUUCUGCUCAGAAGACGGCACGGUCAUUCCCGGCGACCUCCCAUCCAGAGAUGUACCCCAGAUGAUCACCAUCACUUUUGACGACGCUAUCAACAACAACAACAUUGAGCUCUACAAAGAAAUAUUCAAUGGGAAGCGCAAGAACCCCAACGGUUGCGAUAUUAAGGCGACUUUCUUCAUCUCCCACAAGUAUACCAACUAUUCCGCAGUUCAAGAGACGCAUCGUAAAGGACACGAAAUCGCCGUCCACUCUAUCACGCACAACGACGACGAACGUUUCUGGAGCAACGCAACUGUCGAUGACUGGGGCAAGGAAAUGGCCGGCAUGAGAGUUAUUAUCGAAAAGUUUGCAAACAUCACUGACAACAGCGUCGUCGGAGUUCGCGCUCCUUACUUACGUGUCGGUGGGAACAAUCAAUUUACUAUGAUGGAAGAACAAGCUUUCCUUUACGAUAGCACCAUUACUGCCCCUUUGUCCAACCCUCCUCUAUGGCCCUAUACUAUGUACUUCCGCAUGCCACACCGCUGCCAUGGCAACCUGCAGAGCUGCCCUACUAGGAGCCACGCCGUGUGGGAAAUGGUAAUGAACGAACUCGACCGUCGCGAAGACCCUACCAACGAUGAGUACUUGCCGGGUUGCGCUAUGGUUGAUUCAUGCUCCAACAUUCUCACUGGAGAUCAGUUCUACAACUUCUUGAACCACAACUUCGACCGUCACUACGAACAAAACCGUGCCCCACUGGGUCUCUACUUCCACGCCGCUUGGCUCAAGAACAACCCUGAAUUCUUGGAAGCUUUCCUGUACUGGAUCGAUGAAAUCCUUUCUAGCCACAAUGAUGUGUACUUUGUUACAAUGACUCAGGUUAUUCAAUGGAUCCAAAACCCAAGGACUAUCUCAGAAGCCAAGAACUUCGAGCCCUGGAGGGAGAAGUGCUCUGUUGAGGGCGUACAGGCCUGUUGGGUGCCUCACUCGUGCAAGCUGACAUCGAAGGAGGUUCCCGGGGAAACAAUCAACUUGCAGACGUGCGUAAGGUGCCCUGCCAACUACCCAUGGCUUAACGAUCCCACGGGCGACGGCCACUAUUAAAUGCGCCAGAUCUCGCGCCUCACGCGCUCUACUAGUUGAUAAAUAAAAUGAGAUGAGUGAUUGAAUUACACGACAAAUACAUUCGGAGCGUCUGAAAUGCUCAUUACUAGUUUUGAUAGGACGUUAUUCGAUCGUAGCUUUGAAUGUGCUAUCGUGUAAUUUUAAAGUGUACCGGGUUAUAAUCCCGUCUGUAGUCUAAGUGCCUACCUAUAUGUAAUAUAGACUCACAUAAAUAUUUAAUAGGUCUGUUUUAUACUUUGUGUGA